CUCAAGUUCAUUUUCUCCUGUAUCGUGCCAGCGGUGCAACUGGAACUACAACUACUCACUCUACUACGUGCGCGCCUCUGCUGAAUCUUGCUGCUGCCUCUCGGCCCUUUCCUUCCUAGCCUUCUAUUCAAGUCAUAGUCUGUGGAACCUUGACGUCGUACAUUGUAGGUUGAUGACACCGACCUAACAGUGAACACGACCUCCAGGCUCAGCCUGAGAGGGAAUCCCAGAUCAUGGCAUCUGAGCCACAGGUGCUCCGCUACGUUUUGACGGAGCGUGAGUAUGCUCUGCUUAGACGAUACAUCCUUCGAUCAAAAAUCGCGCGAGAUGGGGUUGGUAAAAGUCAUCCGGAGGGAACGAACACCAUGCACAGCACCGGUAGUGCUGAAGUGCCUAGCCGUCGCAACGAACAGCUCACUGCUACGUUCCGAUCCGCCUCCCGCGUCUUCGUGCUCACGUAUGGCUCUCUGAAAGCUAUCGAGUCACUUCUAUCGCGUGUUUCCUCCCGAAGAUCUCCGACUGCCGAAAGAGCUGCAAAACCGUUGGUCGCGUCAAAGACGAGAUUGGCGCUUUCACUCUCCUCGCUCCUUUUCCUUCACUCAGUCCUCUACAGACUUUUCGCACGGCUGAGACUCCGACUGCUCCAUGAGAAAGUGCGGAGCAUUCGAGACAGAUACCCGCGGAUUUACGCGGCGCUGACUUCUCGCAUUGCACCAGCCAUUGGCGCCAGCCUGUCCGGAUUUGCCUUGGGAAUCUGUCCCGCCGACCAGCUGAGGGUCACGGCAGUCAUGUACGUCGCGUCCAGGGUGCUGGAGAUAGGAUAUGCCGCCAUCCAGCACACGCCGUUUAUCGCCAACAAGCCUUCGUGGGUCGGAAGCUGGCUUCUGUUUGCUCUGGCACAGGGACAAUUGCUCCACGCAUUUGUGUUUGACCGAGAUUGUUUUCCGGCGACUUACGGCCAUUUCAUUCUCGGCUACACACCUGAAUACGUUCAGCGUCGGCCAGCAAGCCUGUCGCCCAGGGUUCGUUGGCCUCAACCGGACGACAUUGUCGACGCCUUGGCCCAGAUGGCCAGACUGAGAUGGCCACCAUUUGUGUCGCCCAUUCUUCAACCAGACAAUCCGAACACCCUACCCAAGGGGAUCAAUCCUAUUAUCUCCCCAGUAACGUCUCGGGCGCACCCCGCCAUUUACAAACUAUCGUGUGCACUGAUCCAUCCGUCGUCCCCGUCAUGCUUCAUGGCUUAUUUGCGGCAUAACCUGCUCGCCUUUCCACAGAUGGCCAAGUUCUAUACCAUGUAUUAUGGACUCUUUGCCCUGGCGCACUUCAAGAAAUUUGUCGAUUCUCCUGUCGCAUCGGCCAAUAAGCUCGCGGAGAAGAUUUUAAGGUCAACUUUUGCGAUAUCGGGGUCGAUCGGAGCAGCAUGGGGCAGUAUCUGCUUGUUUCAAGCUAUCUUUCCAAGGUCUUUUCUACCCAAGUUCCGCUUCUUCCUGGGCGGUCUCUUGGCCGGGAUGUUCCAAUUGUUCGAUCGCACUCCCGCUGGGCACAUGAAUGCACUAUAUGCGGCACGGACAAGUGUGUACUCGCUGUGGAAGGUCGGGGUCAAGCACGGUUGGUGGAGAGGGAUACGUGGCGGAGAUGUAUGGUUAUUUGUGGCUUCUUUGGCCUUGGUCAACGUGGUGUACGAUUUGGGACGGCAUACCGCGGCGGGUCAGGACUCGGCGUUGAAGCUGGUCAAGGUUCUGAGAGGGGAGGUGGAGUUGGGGUUGCAGAACAAGCCGACACAGAAAGGGGAUCAGAAUGAGGUGUUUGGUGAUGAACAGCAGGGAACUAUGAGCGAAGGUACGAUGACCGUAGAUGAGGCGACGAAGAGUUGAGAUUAGCGUGUAAAAAUAGGUGAUGUUGAUUUGGAGAGCAGCUACAGUUUGUGUUCAUGGGACGUACUUAGGUACCUUAGAAUGGUCGUACGAUAUUGUAGCACCAGUAUUCCAUGUAAUAGCCAGGCACCUUAAGCGUCGAGCUUCCAAUGCUCUUACUAUAGGUAGUACACAGUAUCGACAUCGUAUCCUUCAAUUGUACAGUACAGCGGAUA